AUGUCGAACAAUUAUGAAGAAUCUUUAGAUUUCGAGAUUAGAUUUUUAAAUAGUUCUUUAAAUAUUAAUAAUAAAUUAUUAAUUUUAAAUGUAUUAAAAAAAUAUUCUACUUUCACUCUAAAAGAAUUUAAGAGGGGAAAUGCAAUUGGAGCUAUCGAUCCACCAUUCUUCAACCAAGUGGUAGAAGGAGAGAAUUAUUCUUUUCAAGUUUCUUCUUUCGAGGUGUUGGAGACACCGUUAAACUGUGUUAGGAACGACAUAGUAUCUGUUUUACCACAAAAAUCAAUCACUUUAGAAUUUAGUAGUAUAAAGUUACAAUAUAUACAUAGAUGUGACAUGUCAUCAUUAUCAUCAUCUUCAAUUUUAUAUUCGAAUCAUCAUCAUCAUCAUCAACAACAACAACAGAGAAAUAGUCAAAAUGGUGGUGGGAGUAGUGGUGAAAGUAAUAAUAGUAGUAGGGGUGUAGUUUUCAAAGUACUUUGUAAUAAAACAUUGUUUAGAAUGAUAAUUAGCAGUAGCAUUGAGCUACAGGAUAUAGAUUGCUAUAGGAGUAGGUAUCACCACUGGACCGAUUUGAAAUCGAUAGUGCAACACUCACAUUUCGGGCUGAUAGGCUACCGACUGCGACUUCAACAUCACAUCGCCAUUUGCAACGACGGAAUCAGAUCGCUCUGUCUCAACAUCAAAUCCUACGAAAUAUUCAAACAGUUCUACAGUCAGCAUCAAUCGCUGUUCUUGGAUCACGAACUUCUCUUCCUUGCAAUCAAAAGUGGUUGUCUCGAAAUUGUAAAGCUACUCUCAUGUCAAACUACACCAAUAAGAUUUUCAAGAUCAAGAAAAGUAACAACAAAUCAAUCAACAACAACAUCAACAACAACAACAACAGAUAAUAAUAAUAAUAAUAGCAAUAAUAAAAGUGAAACAAUAUUACAAUAUGCAUGGAAAUUGGGAAGUCUCGAUAUCUAUUUCUAUUUGCUGCAUACGGAGAAUCAAGAUCUGGUGUAUACACCGACCAUUUACAAAUCGAUGAUGGAUGAUUUGAUGUCGAAAUCGAAUGCACAGUUGAUUCGCACGGUUAUGGCAAAGGGAUCGCAAGAACUUAUCAACACGCUGAUACAGCACUCGCAGCAUGCCAAUCACAAGGCAAACAUUCUGCGAACGAACGAUGUCCAACUGAUCAUGCAACUACUACCGAAUCACAAAUUCACAAUAGAAUCGCUGAAUAUCUAUUUUGGUGCGAUCAGCGAUGGCUGUAAACCGGUGAAUCUCGACCAGCAACUCAGUCUGCUGUUCUUGGCGAGUGGACACUUCAAGAUAGAGUUGAACAGUAGCGAUCUCAACACGAUCGUCGAUGAUAUACUCGACCGAUUGAAACAACAACUAAUUGACUAUAAAUAUACAUCUAAACUAGAGGCUGAGAUGCAUGAGAAGCACAACAACAACAACAACAACAACAACAUUGGCAAUCUCGAAACUCUAAAGAAACAUAUCAAUAUCAUUGAAAUCUAUAGACUUUGA